AUGAGAACUUUCUUUUGUGUUUUUGCAGCGAGUGUGUAUGAUGUGAUUCAGCAUUACGAAAUCGGCGAGGAUGUCGGCUAUGGAGGUUAUGCGGUUGUCAAGAAGGGGAGGGACAAAAGUACUGGGGACCAGGUCGCCAUCAAGAUCGUUGACAAGACGAAGUAUGACCCUGGCGACGAUCGACUGGAGCAUGAGAUCAAUGUGCUGCUUCAGAUCUCCCACCAGCGAUGCAUACAGGUUUAUGAUGUCUUUGUGUCGCACCAGAAGGUUUUCAUCGUCACCGAGUUUGUGACAGGAGGGGAGGUGCUGGACAGGCUGCAGAGGCUGGGUCCCUACUCAGAGAAGGCUGCCAGCGUCUUAAUAAGGGAUGUCAUUGAAGGGGUGGCGUAUCUCCAUGCUCAUGGCGUCGUCCACCGUGACCUCAAACUCGAGAACCUCCUGCUGAUCGAUGAGAGCCUGGAGUCCAAGGUCAAGAUCGCUGACUUUGGCCUCUCCAAGUUCUUCGGAAAGGAUGAGACGGUGCUGGCCACGAUGUGCGGGUCCCCUGAGUACGUUGCACCAGAGGUCCUGGGCGUCGACGAGUUCUCGGACCACUACACGCCCGCAGUGGACAUGUGGAGCAUCGGUGUCGUGCUGUACGCGAUGAUGUGCUGCUACACGCCCUUCUACGAUGACAACCAAACCCAGAUGUACCGCAACAUCACACUGGGCCGCUGGAACAAGGAGGACCCCAACUGGAAGCGGCUGUCUCCGCAGCUGAAGGAUCUCAUCACAAGGCUGCUGAAGGUGGACCAGAAUGCACGCCUCACGGCAGAGAGGGCUCUGGACCAUCCAUGGGUGAAGGGGACGUGCUUUGCGCCCAACGAGCCACUGGGUCCCGUUCACCCCUUUGCCGACCUCGUCCGUCAGCAGAUGGAGAUGGAGGAGGAGCAGAUGGAGGAGGUCGCCGAGGAUGAGUAA